GCGCGACCGUUUUAGACCAACCGCUUUUUCCAACCGCUUUCGUCGAACGUUUUAUUAAUUCCGACCGCUCUCCGGAGGUUUGUGCUUUUGUUGUUUGAUCGGGCGAGGCAAGCGAUUGCGCGGCACGAGCCGAGCUCGCAUGACAGCUGGCGGCCGCGAUCAACCGGUGCGGAGGCGUCAAAUUUGAAAUGUAACAAGAAAGCGGGUGACAAGCUGAGAAACGUGUGGCUGACGGGAUACUUUGUUUUGCGCCCUUCUCAUGCACGUCGACCCGCGGGCGGUCCGUCGGGAUGAGCGCGACACAGGACGAGGACGAGCGUAGAAAACGCUCGCUGGAGGCCGGUAGAGAAAUGCUGGAGAAGUACAAGGCAAAACGUUCGGGCAAGGACAAAGGCGGACACAUGGAGUACGUGGAGCAGUCUGACGAUGAGUCGUUGCACAACGAGAAGUACAUGCUGCACAGGGAAUCUGGUAUUACCGAAGGCAUAUCCUCGAGGGAUAUAACGCAGAGCAGCGUCAGCAUAAGCGAAGGAGAGGCCGAUGCUGACUUGGAGGGACUGGCGGGGCGAGUCGCAGAACUGGAGGAAGAAUUGCAGAAAAAGGAAGCUAUGGUCGGGACCUUGAAUGCAGAAAUUGAUCAUUUACGAGCGGACACAUCCUCCCCAAACUCGACGCAGAGUCAUUGCAGCAGUAUACAUGAGAGGGAUAUUUUAGCUUCAUAUCAACAAAAAUUGCAGGAGUUUGUAAGGGCAGUAAAUCAACGCGAUACUCUGAUAGAGAACUUGACAUCGUCUUUAGAACAAGCAUUAUCCGCGAGAGACACUGUGACGAUGCAACUUAAUGCCCUGAACUCCAUGCAGUUGAACGAUCCUGUGAUGUGCAAUGUGAACUUGCAGCAAAAGAUCGAGGAUUUGGAAACGACGAUGAGCGAGAAGGACGUGGCAAUUCGUCAAUUAAACGCGCACUUGACGGACCUUCGUAAACACGCACAGGCAUUGGAGAUGGAGAGGGAAGCGCGUAACGCGGAAAUCAACGAUUACAAAAUACAGAUAAAUAAUCUAAAUGAGCAAAUUCGCCUUGGCGCCGCGGAGAAGAAUCUGAAUAUCGACGAGACAUUGGAGCAGCACAGGCAGCACGAGAUACGCGUUGAUAAAAUCAAAGAGGACAUGCAGCACAUCGUGAACAAAUUCAGCAUUGUGACAAACGCCAACGAAGUGCGCCAUCAAAAGGAGUUAAAAGAAUUAAGUUCGAAGAGCGAGGCUGAAAUUGCGAAUAUGAAGGCCAAGCACGAAGAAUGCAUGAAAGUAUUGAAGGAGGAAAACAAAAUGCUGGCCGAUCGUUUGAACAAGGAAUUACAACUUGAGACGGAUUUGGAGAGUAGGCAUGCCAAGGAAUUAUCCGUCUUUCAGACACAGCUAGCCCACUACAAGAAGACUGUCGAGGCGUUGAAGCUCGAAUUGGUGAAUCACGUGGAGUCGCAGAAGGUCGCUCAGUCUGAAGUCCACCAGUACAAAGUGAAACUCGACGAAUUAAGAUUCGAGGCAGAGAACGAACGGCGCAUGCAAAAUCAUCACUUCCAGAGGGAGAAGGAGCUGCUGAACGAGCAGAUCAAACUGCACAAAAUUCAGCUGGAGGAGAUGACGUCGAAGCACAUCGCGUCGAUGAGCAUCCUGGAGUCCAAGGAGAGCAUCGAGCGAUCGCUGGAGCAGGCCCUGUCAAAUGCCGCUGCGCUGAAGCAGGAGAACGACUCGUUGAAGUUCAAGCUGGACGAUCUGUCAUGCAAGUAUUCCGCGGCGCAGUCGAUUAUCGAGAGCAGUCAGGUGCACGAAAGAACCACCCUGAGCGGCAGCAGAUUGUACGACAUGGAGAGGUCCUUGUCGCGGUUCGACGCUACGAGCGUGAGCACGGUCAGUGAGCUGGGGGAAACCAUGUACAAGACUUUCGACGAGGAGGUUAUUCAGCAUCAGCUGAUAAAGCGAAAGCUCGAGGAGAAGAUGGCGAUGGAACAGCUGUUAGUCGAGAAGAUUCGCAUUCUCGAGGCGGAUCUGACCAAAGCGAACGACGAACUGGAGCAGGCCGAUGUCGCGAGGAGAACUUACGAGAAGCAGCUGAAGGACGUGAAAAACACGUGCGACAAGCUGCAGCAGGAAGUCGAUUCGCUGAGAGAAUUCGGUCGCGCGACGUCUCGCGAUGCCUCCGUCCAGGAUUCCUCGAGAAGUGUUGUGGCGAAGGUCGAGAGCGACUCGGCUCGGCGAAUAGAGGAUCAGCAGCGUGAAAUAGAGAGUCUCAAACUGCUGAUGGAGCAGAAAGACACGGAGAACGCUAGGUAUAAGAAGGAUUUGGCUGAAAUGACGGAAAAAGCGAAGAGGAAGGAAACGACGUGCGAACAGUUGAGGGACGGUUUGGCCCACGCGUGGGCACAGUGCGCCGAAUUCGAAGAGAGAUUGAAUCAGACUCUUGCGAUCAGCGAUUGCAGUAAAGUUAAUACCUCCUUGAACAGCACGAGUUCGUCCAAGCUCCUGAAAGAGAACCAGAGCUUGGAUGAUAGUGCGUUGAAUCAAAAUGCGGCAAAUCAAAAGAAAGUUUCGGAAUCGAAUGUCGCCGACACAUUAACGGAUAACAGUUGCCUGAAGGACAACGAUAACCUGUAUAAGGAGUUGCAACAAAUUCUAGAGGGCGAGCCGAAUUUGGACGAAGUUAAAUCAAAAUUAUCUCAUUAUUAUGCACUAUGCGAGAAAAUAGUCGUCGCUAAGGCAACGCAAUCCUCGACGCAAUCCUCGGUGGAGAAUGCCACUUUGCAAAAGGACAACGAAGACUCGCUGCAAAAAUCCUUGGAGAACUUGUGGGCGGAGAAAGAGCUGCUAAGUCAGGAAAUCGAGGAGAUGUUGAAUCGGCGUAAAGCAGAGCUGGAAUCUGUUAAAGCGGAUUCUGCCAAAGAGAUCAACAGACUGCGUUCGUUGCUGCAGAAUUUCAAGGAUGGUAAUGCAAGCCUGAACGAUCUGAGGACCGAGCUCGAAGCCCGCCAUGCCAAAGAGAUGGAGGAACUGAGGACGUACUUCGAGCGGAAGUGCUUGCAGAUGGAGAAACAGUAUUCCGAGGAAAUCUUCAGCCAACAGUCGAAACGGAUUUCCGACAACGACAGCGAGGCCGAGGAGCUGACAGACGAUCUGUAUUUUGGCGGCGCCGGAGAUUGCUUGAACGUGUCGAACUCCCGAACGGCGACACCCAAUGCCGAUGAAUCCUUGAGGAGCAAGAUAAUAGAUGCUGAAAGCCAAGCACGCGUCGAGACGGAAUAUGAGGCUAGCAUCCAAACGUUGCGACAGGAAUUGGAACACAAAGUGAAUGAAAUGCAGACUAUCAAGGCCGAUUACGAGAAAGCGAUCGAGGAGCAGAAGGAAUUGUACGAGUGUCAAAUUCGCGAUAUCGAGACGAAGCUUGAGAGUGCAUUGAUUGCACCCACUACGCAUCAGUAUUGUCAGACAGAAUGGGAAGCAUUGGAGAACGGUGAAUUGUCGAGCCUGCGUGAUGCGUAUAAUCACCAGCUAGAAGAGCAGAUUGCUCUAGCUAGGCAGGACAUUGUCAACGCUCUUCAAGAACAAUUUCAGGCGCUAUUAUCGGUGGAGGCAGACAAAGAAGAUAAUUGGCCGGUCGAAUUAUUAGAACUGCGGGAUAAGUUCACGUGCAACGCUAAGCAAGAGAUUCAGGAGUUGAAAAAGAUGCAUGGCGUCGAAUUAGCUCGUCUGGAGGACGAGCACAGUUGCAGUGUGGCACGAAUUCUUGAGCAACAUCAAAAGGAAAUCGCCAAUCUUAAAACGAAUACGGGUGACAAGCAAGCAAUUAGUUGUAUCGUUGGAGCGUCAGAAAAUAUCGUGGAAGAAAGAGACAAUCUAUGGAAGGCGUGUGUAACCCUUAAAAACCUAAUUGGAGAGUUAGUUAAUUACUUCGCUGUCUGCGAAGAGGAAGUCAAUAAUACUCUGAUCAACGAAGUUUUAAAAAGACAACUGAUGGAAUCCGCUGUUGUCGAAGAAAUUAAUGAAGAAAAUUUAAGCAUGAAUGGCGUUUUACCUCAAACACCGCAGAAGGAUUCAGCAAACCAACAGAUCAAGAGAGUUCAUUUUGCUCCGCAGUCCACCAAAAUAAUUUCCAUCGUUAACAGCGACAACAAGACGUUACAGUGUUUAGUUGAUGAAGAUGUAGACGAAAUAUUGAAAAAAGAGCUGAAAGCAUGUUUGAGACGCUUGAAGUCUGAUAGCUCGCAAUUCCUCAAUCUUUCGUUUUCUGAUGGCGAUGAUAAGAUCGUAUCGUCAAACGAGAAUCUCUUAGCAAGUAAAAUUAACGAAGAUCUCUCCUUGAAACUGAAUCACGCUGAGGCCUUGCUAAUAAAUUAUCAAGAACAAGUAGAACAAUUAAAAGUACAUAUUUUAGAACUACAGAGAAAGUUGAUUAGCGCUGAAAGCAAAAAAGAAGUCAUCACGGAAGGAUACGGCGAAAACGAUCUUUCUGGGGGCGAUGUUGUAUUGCAAGAUUUUUUGCAAGUGCAAGAGAAAGCUAGACACGUAUUAUCUAACGGUGGCGGCGACAUAUCUUAUUUGCUGCAAUUAAUAGAAGAGUUGUGCAGGCAAAAUGAUAAACUAAUAGACGACGCCAGGAAAGAGAGGGAAGAUCUGCAACAACAGGUACCUUUAGAACCCACUCCUACCCCAUACAUUCACAGGGUUUGCUGCAAAAAGGUUGAGGCAGCAGACAAACAGUUACGAGCGACGCGUCGAUUUCUGGACGAACAAGCGAGCGAGCGCGAAAUGGAACGAGACGAAGCUGCGAAGCAAAUUCACUUUUUGCAGGAACAGCUUAAGGAUCGCGAGCGUGAUAAAGAAAGAGACAUGCGUAUGACAUCUGAGCAGUCUGAGCUAUCAUCUGAAAGAACAGACAUCCCUGAGCUUCAAAUGACUGACAUCAAUAUUGCUGUGGAGGCUCUCGAAUCUCAGAUGAGAGAGAUGUCGUCGUUAAUGUCCGAUACCGAGGCGAAGAAGUCGGAGAAGGAGAGCGAACUGAAGGCCGCGGUGGACAAGAUUUGGGUCCUGCGAGAGAUCAUUGCUGACUUGGAGCAGCAGCUGCAAGCCAAGAGCGAAAGGGAAGAGUCGUUGCAAAUGCAAAUCAAUCAAUUGGAGACCGUGAUUACCGCGCAGACGAAGAAUCAGCAAGAAUUGGUGCAAGAGCUGGACGCUAUCAAAUCUGGUAGCGAGAACAGGCAUCUGAAUGAGGAAAUUAACCGUUUGCAAGAGGAAUUGAAUAAGCACAAGUUAAGUUCGGAGCACUUCAACGUCAACUCAUCCGUUCUGAAGCAGAUGAAAACAGAAUUGCAUGAGAUGCAGAAUCAGUUAGACAAGAGAAUCCGAGAGAUGGAAUCCGCGCACAUGUGUGGUUCCAAUCUGAGUUUGAGUCAGCCGAGCGAAGACGUCUCGAUCAGGGAGCAGAUCGACGCGACGAGAUGUCUGACCCCGGAUGAUCCGUCUUCGCCGCCGAUGCUCCCGCUGGACCAGAUACUCAAGCUGAAGGACAAAAUGCUGAAGCACGCGCGCGCGGAGGAGGUAGCCUUCAAGAGGAUUAAGGAUCUGGAGAUGCAGUUGACCACGAUAAAGAAUCAGAACGAGGAACUGUUGGCGGAACAGGAGAUCUUGCACCAGACGGCGUCCGAGCAGCUGUACCAAAUCGAAGCGAUGCGCGGUCGCUUGGAGCAGCACAAGCAGAGCGCGCCUUUCGCGCAGAAGCAGGCGACGUCUCGUUUGGAGUUGCAGUUGCACGAGGCUACCACGAAGUAUCAUUCCCUGGAACAGACCAUCACCGACAAGGAGAUUGAGCUGAAAGAGCUGAAAGCCCAGCUUGAGAGGACUAAUCAGAUGUUGGCGGAGAAAGAAGCGGAAAUGGAAAACUUUUUGCAAUCGGAAGAUGGCGCGCUGCAGAAGAUCGAGCGACUGAAGGAUCAGCUGAAGCUCGUUCAGGAGGAAAAGAAAGUGCUGCAGAUGAAGCUGGGAACGCAGGAGCACACGCAGCUGGAACUGCCGCAACUGAUCGACAGCAUGCUGGCCGACAAGAACGAGGAGAUCGACCACCUGAAGGAGCAGCUCUUGAAGAAGGAGAAACAAUUGAAUGUCUAUUCGUCGCUCGCUCUGGACGACGUGCAGCUGCGGGAACUGACGAAGCAAGCGGAGGCCAAGAACAGCGCGCGCACGUUGAGCGACAUCCUGUCAAUUCAUUCGGAAUGCGAGGAACCCGAGGCUAUUCGAGCGACUAAUGCAACGCUCGUGACAUCGCACAAUGUCUCUAGCUUCAAAGCUCUUACGUCCGUGUCAAAGAAUACGCCGCAGACGAACAGUCUCAACGCUUUUCUCGACGCGGACAAGAUGGACGAGCAGGUACCGAUGUUGGACUUGCAUUCUCAGACGCACAGUUACAGUAACGAGAAUGUCGGUCACUUGCGAAUGGAGUUGCAGCGUUCCGGCGAGGAGUCGAAGUUAUCGUCUCCUAAAAACGAUGUCAGCGAGGAUUCUCAGCGAGCCGAGGAAUUGCUCAAUGAGAAGGUGAAGGAGAUCGAAAACUUGUCGAACCAACUGCAAGCUCUGCAACAGGAGCUGGACUCAAAGUCUGACCUUUUGAUUAAGUACGAUACGGAAUUGGCCACCUUGCAGAAACAGUAUCAGGACUUGCAGGAUGAGUUUAAGGAAAUCGUCGAAAACUUGACGCGGGACAAAGAUUUCUAUAAAGGACAGUACGAGCUGGCCCAAGCGUCGGAGAGUAAAAUAAAGAAGGAUCUGGAGGAGGUGGAGAACGUGCUGAAACUGAAGACCGAAGAGCUCGAGGAUCAGAUAGACAGAAUGCAGGUGAAUGAAAGAAUUAUUACGGAAUUAAACACGGAGAACACGAAGUUAAAGAGAGAGAUCGAAGUUAGAGAGAAGGACCAGAUGAAAAGGAACAACUCCCUGCUGCAAGAUACGACGCAGGAAUUGCAAAGAUUCAAGGAGAUCAUUCUGAAUAAAGAUAUCGCGCUGGAGACUCUUCAGACGCGCAACAUCGAGAUCGAGAACGAGAACAAGCAACUGUACGAAUUCAAGACGAAGGUUCACGCGCGCGAGCGAGAGAUCGUCGAGCUGCAGGACGAGAUCCUACGACUGACGGACGGUUUAAACAAUCGGGAUCAGGUCAUUCGUAAGUUGGAGGAGAUGGCGAGACGAAUGAGUGACGUUCAGUCGGGCACGUCUUCGCCGUCGUCGUCUAGUCCUAACAAGGACCAAGAGAUCCAUCACCUGCAAGAGUUCCUGAAGGAGAAGGACAAGGUGAUCAGGCAGAUGAGCGACGAUAGCAAGAGUCUGCAUCGAGCAUUGGAGACCAUUCAAAACAAGAUGAAGGAGUCGGGUAAUGUUGUGGAACUGAGAAGAAAAUUGAAGGAGGAACGCAGGCUGAACGAGGAGCUGAGGGACAAGGUGCAGAGCCUGCAGAAGGAGUUGGAGCCGAAGGACGCUUCGGUGCAGUGGGACGAUAGCGACAUCGAGGACGAUAUCGACAUGGUCCAGCGAGAACUGAAUCGCUCCGCGCAAUUGGACAAGCAACUCAUACAGGCAAUUAAGGACGACGAAGGCGUGGAUGGAGUGACGACGGAAGAUCAUCGUCAAACGAACGAGGUACGCAAGGACAACGAAUUACUGAGGAGACUGAAGGAUGACUUGGAAGUCGAACGAGAUAUAAUGAGACAUCAGAUCGCCGAGUACGAGGAUCGUAUUCUGCAACUGAAGGCGAGUUUGACGGAGGAGAUGAAGAAGGUGGUCCAACUGGACAAGGAACUUGUCUCGGAAAGGAACGCGGUGAAGUUCUUGAGGAAGCAGAUAGAGGAGCAUCGUCGGACGGCGGAAACAGAGCGAAAGCAGAACUCUGACUUAAUCGAGUUUCUGCAGACGAAGUUUAAAGCCUCUCUGGAGAACGAGGAGAAGCUCCAUAAUGAUCUAGCAUCGAUGAGACAACAGCAGAUCAAUCUGGAGUCACAGUUGACGUCGAUGAGAAAAUUGAUGGAAACCGAAAACGCCAACAAAGCCUUAUCGAACUUCACUGCAACCACGCAAGAUGAGUCGGAGAGAACGAACGAAAAUCUUGAGGAAAAUCGCGAGCAUAAUGCGGAACUACGGGAGAAUAUAAAGAAACUGGAGAACGAGAUGAGUAAAUAUGAGAAGAAGUUAGAAAUCGCGAUGGAGGAACAGGAAAGACUAACCAGCAGCCUGGCGUUAACAAACGGAUUGAAAGAAAUCCUAGAGACGGAUAUGCGAAGAGCAUUAGAAGAGCUGAAGGCGCGAGAAGAGGAGUGUGAUUUUUUACAGAAGCAGCUGAAGAUAGUCAAAAGCAUGAAGCAUGGUCAACGGGAUGCUGGACUGGAAGAGAUCGAGGAACUGCGUAGGGAGAUCAAUACCGCCCGCGAAAUCAGGAUGGAACUGGAGGCAGACAUAAAUUUUGCGAGACAGGAAGUGAAGGAGUCGUCGAAUCGGGAGCUGAAGCUUGCGCGCACGGUCGAGUCCUUGAAAGAGCGAGAGAUGGAGCUCAAUUCGAGACUGAUAAUCUCGAAAGAGAAAGAGAGAAGACUCACGGAUUUAAUUGAGAAUGUCAAGGACAUCCCCGCGAAUUCGCAGAAAAUUAAGGAGCUAAGGGAGACAGUCGAGAAAUACGCUGCCGAUAAGAGUAAACUCGAGAGUAAAGUCGGCAAAAUGAGGACAGAGAGAGACCUAUUGACGCAACGUGUGAAGUUGCUCGAGGGUCAGCUGAAGAAUGCACAGGCCUCGAGUCAGCAAAUGAUUCCUGUCGAGAGGUUACAAAACUUCUACGGCAAAUUUCUACGAGCAGACAGUAAACGGAAAGCGUUGGCUUAUCAGAAGAAGUACCUGCUCUGCAUCGUCGGUAGCUAUCAGUAUUGCGAAGAGAACACGUUAUGCGUGCUUGCGCAAUUGACUAACUGUCAACGCACUUACGUGCGACUACGUCGCAACAGGAAGGUGCGUUUCAGGAUCGCCGUGUUCGUGAUAGUCAGUAUACACAGAAUGAAGUGGUUGCUUCAACGCUGGCGUAUGGGAAGAUACGUGGGUGCUAACGUUAUCAUGAACGGUGCCAAUCAGAUGAUUGAUUUACCGCCUGUCCGGGCAACGGCAUCGAAUUAUUCCCCACCUGUGAGAGAAAGGGCGACAAAUGGAGGUAGCGGUUUUAUGCUCAGGCAGUAUUACCAAGAAGUAGGAAAUUUCCCAGAAACACUCGGCUCAGUCAUGGCAGAGUCUGGUACUAGUCAUAUUAUCUCAGAAUAACAUUACAUGUAUAUUUUUAGAAUGUGUAGAAGUUUAGCUGUACAGUGUUAAUGUUACGAAUAUCAAAUUGUUCAUGUAGUGUAUCAUACAGUUCGCGUUUUUUAAAAUGGUUUACUAAUGAUACACCGCGCUUUUUCAAAUUUUUUUUUAGAUUUUUAGACAAGUAGAUAUUUAAAACGUUAAUUAAUUUUGGAAUUCCUGAAUAUACAGAUUUUUAAGCCUUUCUUGAAUUUUUCUAUAACUUUUGAAAAUGUAAAUUCUCUUAUUCAGACGCUACGCUCAUUCAAUGUGCUAGCGUAUUUUAAGUCGUUAGACUUUUGCAACAUGAAAUUGUUUACGAUUGCACUUUAUUAUGUAUUACACACAUUUUCCAUUUUUGAUAAACGCGUUCUGUAUUUUAUGACUAAAUGCAAUCGUCGAUCGAUCUGCAUGGGAUUUCGAUUUCCGUUCGACUGCACGAUUUGCAUCGCCGUAAUUAAUCAUCAAACAACCAAUGAAGAGAAUGUAAAUUUCGUCAGCUCGACCGGAAAUAAUUGAAACUGGGCAUUUAUACGGACUCUGUAAUAGACUGCCGGUUUUUUAAAUAUAUUUUUUUAAUUCAUCAUUUUCAUGCGAGACUUUGAUUGAUGCUAUCUUUCUCUUAUUGAUCUUGGUGACGCAAUUCUCAAGGUGUCGCCUGUGAAUUGCGAGAAAACAUGAAUAAUGAGACGUUAUUAAUAAGCAAGAAGUGUGCGUGUAAAAGUAGGUUUUAGCGUUGUAAGACACACGAGAGGCUUUUAUCGAAUGUUAACGUAAGUAAAAGCAAUUUCUGCAGAAAUCGGCUUUAAGCCAGAAGUUGCUUUUAUUUACGACAUAAGUUGUUGUGUAAGUUAUAUAUAGAUAUAUUGUAGGUAUAAAUAUGUAAACCUGCGUGCCUUGUACGCCGUAAAACGCGUUCAUUAUUUAUUUACCAAUGGAUUAUAAUAAGCUUUUUAUAUAUCGCGAGUUGCAUGUCGUUUUCCUGAUGCCUGUAAUAAAGAAUCAAUUUUUGUAAUACA